AAACUUCCGCAUAUCAAUGCACUGCCAAUGGGUUGUGUCCUUUGUUGUGACCUCAUGGUUUAACUGGGAAUAAAGAUGAGUAUAAGCAGUGAUGAGGUUAACUUCCUGGUAUAUAGAUACUUACAAGAGUCAGGGUUUUCCCAUUCAGCUUUUACCUUCGGUAUAGAGAGCCAUAUCAGCCAGUCUAAUAUAAACGGUGCUCUGGUGCCACCAGCUGCUUUGAUUUCCAUCAUCCAGAAAGGUCUGCAGUAUGUAGAGGCAGAAGUCAGUAUUAAUGAGGAUGGUACCUUGUUUGAUGGUAGGCCGAUAGAGUCUCUCUCACUGAUAGAUGCAGUAAUGCCUGAUGUGGUACAGACAAGACAGCAGGCCUACAGAGAUAAACUUGCACAACAGCAGGCAGCAGCUGCUGCAGCUGCGGCUGCAACUAACCAACAGGGAUCAGCGAAAAAUGGAGAAAAUACUGCAAAUGGAGAAGAGAAUGGAGCACAUACUAUAGCAAUUGUUUCCCAUAAUGCAGAUAAUCACACAGAUAUGAUGGAAGUAGAUGGAGAUGUUGAAAUCCCUCCCAACAAAGCAGUGGUGCUGCGUGGCCAUGAAUCUGAAGUAUUCAUCUGUGCCUGGAAUCCCGUUAGUGACCUUUUGGCCUCAGGAUCUGGAGAUUCGACAGCACGGAUAUGGAACCUCAGUGAAAACAGCACAAGUGGCUCUACACAGCUGGUACUUCGACACUGUAUACGAGAAGGAGGGCAAGAUGUACCAAGCAACAAAGACGUGACAUCACUGGAUUGGAACAGUGAAGGUACACUUCUAGCAACUGGGUCCUAUGAUGGGUUUGCAAGGAUAUGGACUAAAGAUGGUAAUCUUGCCAGCACCUUAGGGCAACAUAAAGGUCCUAUAUUUGCGUUAAAAUGGAACAAGAAAGGAAACUUCAUUUUAAGUGCAGGAGUGGACAAGACCACAAUUAUUUGGGAUGCCCACACUGGGGAAGCCAAGCAGCAGUUUCCUUUUCAUUCUGCACCAGCAUUAGAUGUUGACUGGCAGAGCAACAACACAUUUGCCUCUUGCAGUACAGACAUGUGUAUUCAUGUCUGUAAAUUAGGACAAGACAGGCCCAUCAAAACCUUCCAGGGUCACACAAAUGAAGUGAAUGCAAUCAAAUGGGAUCCCACUGGUAAUCUUUUGGCAUCCUGUUCUGAUGAUAUGACUCUAAAGAUCUGGAGUAUGAAACAAGACAGUUGUGUCCAUGAUUUACAAGCACACAACAAAGAAAUUUAUACUAUCAAAUGGAGUCCUACAGGACCAGGAACAAAUAAUCCAAAUGCCAAUCUUAUGUUAGCAAGUGCAUCCUUUGAUUCUACUGUUAGGUUAUGGGAUGUAGACAGAGGAAUUUGUAUUCAUACUCUGACAAAACAUCAAGAACCUGUGUACAGUGUAGCUUUCAGUCCUGAUGGCAGGUACCUGGCCAGCGGCUCCUUUGAUAAAUGCGUACACAUCUGGAAUACGCAGACAGGUGCCCUAGUUCACAGUUAUCGGGGAACAGGAGGAAUUUUUGAGGUUUGCUGGAAUGCAGCAGGAGACAAAGUUGGAGCAAGUGCUUCAGAUGGUUCAGUUUGUGUAUUAGACCUACGGAAAUAGCGCUACUAGUUGGAAGCCAUGGACCGACUAUGAAUGUGUACAUAGCCAAAAUGACUGUCCCUGACCCAUGUACUGCUAUAGUCCCAAUUGAACCAUGGCCAGUCCACUACAGCCAAACCUAAAAGAAAUAUAUACAUAUACUGUAUAUAAAAAAAAAAAAAAAAAAAAAAAACACCCUGAAGAGGAUGACAGAGUUUUGUCACAGCUUGUGAAUCCUGUUCACCAAGUGCUGGAAUCUGCUGUGCCCCAAAAUAACAUUUAAAGGUUUUGGAUAUGAAAAACAGAAGAGAGAGCGAGAGAGAGAGAAAUAUACCAUAUACGAGAGCAGACCCAUAUACAUACCAAAUUCAGAAGAUACUAAUGGCAGCCUUCAUUACCCCUUCCCCCCUUUAAAUCCAUUAUGACAAUGGAUUGUGGGGUUUUUUCCCCUUCUCAGUAGUCGAGCAGUUUGUGUGUACAGAGAAAAUGGACUUAAAGAAAUCUGCAGCAGUAGUUUUUUCUUUGCUUUUAAACAUUGGGUUUUCUGUUUUGUUUUGGUUAAGUUUACGAUGCAUGAAGUAAUGGAGUGAAUUAGUUUCUUGUUUAUAUUCUUUUUCACCUUGGGAAAAAAAAACUUUUCUUUGAAAGAUAUUUUAAAGCAUUCUUUGAAGAGGUAGAUUGAACCUGGUAAUGUUUGGUACAUUCUGUGGCUCCCAGAGCAAAAUUUUGAGAACAGAAGGAGGGUGGAAAAGGGAUUAUGGAGAGAGAAGAAAAAUCCAUCUUAGAGGCGUGAUGUUGCACAUCCUGCUAAUCUACGAAGUAUGUCAGUAAUGGGUAUAAUGCUAUGUUUUUUUUCUGGUGACAUGGCUGAAAUGUAGUAGUUUCUUAUUUGGGACAUAAUUCUGCCAAACUGAAGAGUAGAAGGGCACAAAGAUACAGAAAAGAAAAUACAGGGAUGCAAAAAAAAAAAAAAAAAGAAUAAAAAAGAAAAGAAUGCAUCUUCUGUUGUUUUGAGACCAUAGCUAAAUUAUGGUUAAAUUGUGCACUAUUGUGAAAAGGAGCAAAAUAUAGCUGGGAGGGGGAGGUUAUUUUUUUUGUUUUUUUUUGUUUUUUUUUGUUUUUUUAAGAGGUUUAAGAUCUUUCUGGACAAGGGUUCAUGCCACAGCUUCUCUGAGAGUUUCCCAUCAUUAUUUGUAGGAGCUUAGAUGUGUAAUUGUAACCAAACUCCAGUAUUAAGUAUCUCAUGUAAUUUUUCUUUAUUAAAAAAAAUCUUUGGCAUAUAUUUGAUAACACUGCCAUUAAGAGGCAAAAUGUUUACUACCUUAGAUUUUCAAAAAAUCUUAAACAGAGGACUUGCUUCAAGUUUAUUUUAAUAGCAGUGAUUCAGCUUAUUUAAAAGAUGAAUACUUGCACUAAUUCCCCUGCUGCUCCAGUCCUGCAGUUUAUUGUAUCUUGUGACUACAUUUUUUUCCAAAUAUAGGGUAGAUGUAAGCUGCUAUUUUUUUAAUAAUCACUACUAUAUAGUGUCUUUUACUCUGUUUACAAUAUCAAGUAUUUUUCUUACAAUAACAGAUGUAUAUGGCAAACCUUUUUCUGCUCAUGUGAUUAAAAGUAUACUGAUAGUGAUUUUAUUUGUAAAUGAUAGCAUGAGGUUGUGUUUACGCGUAUAUGUAGUUGAAAAGGUUGCAUCAUGUCUUGCAUAAGAUUCCAAGAGUGUAAAUUUAUAAAAAGAGAGGUUGUCAAAUUUAUGUCACAGGCAUUUUACUUAAGGAAUGGUUUAUAUUAUAGAGCUUGGCAAAGUUAUCAGUUUUAUAACACUAUUUCAAUCACAAAUAAUUUUGUGGCUUAUGAUUACUAGUCUCUAACAUUUUUUUCUGUUUUUAUCCCCCCCCCCCCCCCCCCCCCCGAAGUUAGAUAUAAAUUGAUUUAAUCGAGAUAACGCAGCUUUGACAUUUUAACAACUGUUCUUUAGGCAUUGAUUUCUGCUAUUUCCAUGGAAUAAACACGGCUUGAAGCAAGUCUGAGUUUGGCUAAGGUAGGGUAGCAAUUUGCCGGUGGUAAAGAGAAGUCAGAUAUGUUCUUUAUAUAUACCCCAGCUGUUAUUAGUGAGGAAUAUAAUACUAUGAUACACAGCAUUUAAAGACAACAAAAAGUCAUAUCCAUAAAGGCAGUCAUCUAUGAUGGUUCAGUGCCAGCUGUUUUUAAGAUUUUGGAACACAUUACAAAUGUUUAAAGCAAUUACCCUGUGAGUUACAGUAUGUAGGAAACCUAAUAUAUUGAGUGUCUGGCACUUGAAAUAUUGCUUUUAUUGCUGGAGGUCCAUGACUGUGGCUGACCUCUGUCAUUAAUAAAAAAAAAAUAAAAAUAAAAAUAAAAAUUCUGUGCAAUAAUUUUAAACUGUGCUCCCAGGAAUAGACACAAAUGUUUUGAGUAUGUUUAAGCUGCAUUUUUCGUUGAGCAAUGCAUUUGUCAAUUGCACUGAAUUUAAAUCUGAAAGUCAGAAGUGAUUCUUGAAAGUACUUUUGUAUUUUAAUAUGAACAGUUUAUUCAUUUUCAUAAAAGUUGUUGGAUGAUUCUUUCAGCCAGUCUAAAGAAUUGUGGUGGAAUUCUGUGACAUAGCUGCAAAACCUCACAGCCAUGUUUUUAGGGUAUUGCCAUUUUCCUCUUUCUCAAUCAUCAGCUGUUUUGGUUGUAAUUCUAGUUGCUUGAGCAUAGUAUCACAUAUUCAUAAAUAGGUAAUACAGAGCUUCAGUAUCACAGGUCCAGGGUUUUCAGGUGCUUGACGCGUAGUCCAGGAAUGUCAGAUCUAUUGACUUGAAUGCUCUGGACACACAGGCUAAGACCUCCAAACCUGGUGUUAAAAUCAGCAGUGCCCCACUGUAGUGGAAUUACGCCAGUUUCCACUAGCAAAGGAUCUGGCCAAUAGAUAUUUUAUUGUUGUCCUUUACUAGCAUGCCACAGUGCUGCUCCUGCUCACACCUCUUCUUGCCUCUUGUUUUAUACACUGUUAAAUGCAUGCAUGCAAGGUGUGCUAGGUUCUGUGAUUAUGUGAAGCAAAAAAAAAAAAAAAAAGAAAAAAAAAAGAGAGAACCAUGACAUUAAUUAUUAUAUUGUAUAGCACAAAAGACCUCGUAUUCAAUAGUGAGGUACAUUAUCCAAAUUGUUCCUUUAAAUUGAAUAUGCCAAAUGUCAGUAAGACCCUAAUUUUGUAUAAAUGUAUGCACAUACUUAGUUUUACAUACUGGUUAAUUAUAUUGCGCCUGUUUCCUAACUGUAAAGGCAAACAUGUGCAUAAGCCUUUGCGCACACUAAAGUAGCUAUUUUUUCCAGUUCAACAAGUUAAUGGGCAAACAGAGGAUAAAAGGAAGGGGAAAAACUGGGCUCAGUGAUGGGGUAAGAAAUGAACUGCUCUAGAGUUUGCUUUCUAUGCAUCAGUUUUGGAAUCCUGUUUCUCAUUUCUGCAUAAUUAGGUCCAGGUUUCUGUAGAGUUUCUCUUUUCCUAUUUUUACUUUUACUUUUUUUCUGCAUUUUUAAAUCGAUGUAAAGAUUCCCAACCAGUGGACUUUUUAGUGUAGUUAAGAGAAUAUCUAGGUCCUCAUAAAAGCUUUUUUAGACUCUUUGUAAUGUUGAUAAACUCAGUUUAUUCUGGGACUACAAUUGUGCAGGGUUACUUAGUGUGUCUACGAGACGAUUGGAAAUCUUAUAUGAAACACUAAAAGUGCCUCUUUUUCUGGGUUGGGUGGAGGGAGGUAAUAGUUACCAGAGUCAGAAUGACAUGGCAUUUAGAAGCAUGUUUCUUGAUUUCAUGACACUUUAACGCAUCUUGAGAGAAAGGCCAAAGAUUUCUACCAAUUUUAAUUAAUUGUCAUUGAAAAAGCACUCCUUUUUCCUUACACUGCUUACCUCAUGCUAGGGUAUUUAGUGGGACAAUGUACCUUUAAAACGUUGUUUGUGUUUAGGAAGAACAGUAGAGGGAAUAGGGUUGCUGUGCCCGUUUGCCUACCGAGCAGUCUUAGCAGCUGACGCAUUUAAUUCUGCUGAAUGAAGGAAUUUCAUUAAAAUUGCAAACUGGGUUUUUCAGCUUGUAAAUAAAAGGUUGUAUGUUUUUGUCUGUUUAGCAAAGAGAAGCCUUGGGACCCAAUUUUCCAAUCUUUACUUAAUCAGAAAUCCCAUUUUCUUUCACUUGGUGAGAAAACUUUGCCAGAGUAACCAUUGGAGGAUUUGGGUCUGUGUAAUACCGUACUGCAUGCCACGGAGGUGUAAUGAGCCACCUCUCACCUGAGGAAGAAACCUCCUGUUGACUUGAGGAGGAAUUGUGCCAGAGCAGGGCCUGCCGGGUUUAGCCCAGUGUUCCUUUUUCAUUGACGAGCGUUGUAUCUUCGACCUUCAGAAAGUCCCGCGGGGCCUUUCCCCGGUGGGAUCGCUUUCACACUCUCCAGAAGUCUGAAGAAAGCAGAAGCAACAUUGUGGCAUGUUAGAAGCAAAUAUGGCUUCGGGAGACAGCAGUAAAUCUCCAUCGAGAUCCCUGACAUUUUCCUGAGGGAGGGAGCCAUGGAGCAGCCUUCACUCCUCCCUCUUAGAGCAAGCUCUGAAAUUCGGUGAAAGUGUGACUGUCUUCGCUGUCAGUCCGAUCGAAGGCAGACAAAACAACAGGAAGAUCUGCCAUUUCUUACAAAUUGCAGAUUUAGUGUUAAUAGUGCUUCAGAUCAGUAGUUUUGAGUACACGAUUCUCUUUCUCUGCCUUUAAGUUUGAAGCGUGACACAAACUGAAGGCACGUUUUGUUUUGUUUUCUUUCUUAAAUAAUCAUUCAUUCUUACUUCAUAAUGUUUUUUGACAUUUGUGGGUAAAUUCAGGAAAACAGUCUGCAUGUUGUUGCUAGUCCAGUGUACUUUGCAAUCUUGUCCUCAACCGACUGCAGUGUGCAGAUGAGUAAUUCUAGAAUACAGAAGUAAUUUUUUUCUCUCUCUCCUGACAUUGACAUUGUAGUUGUAAUGGUUUCAUUUGGAGUUACAAAUCCUUUGGGUCUAAUUCUGUGAGCCUACCUAUAGCACUGGAUUAAAAUGUCUGCAUCAUUUCUUCAGUUAUCCAGUUAAAUUACAACUGUUGUAAAAGUGUAAACCAGCCCAUGACAGUUUUUUGUACUUGUUUAAAGGACUUUUAUUGUUCAGUUUUCAUGAUUAUUGUCUGAAGAAGACUGAUAUAGAUGUUCUAUACUGUCCUGGACCAUGUUAAUUACACUUUAUGAUGUAUUUUGGUUCUACAUCACAAUGAUUUGUCCCCAAGGCCCUUAUAUCCCUUCUAGGCACAUUUUCUGUUGCAGUUUCCCUUUGCAUUGUAUUGCUUUGACAACUGUAAUUUGAAUCAGAUCUGAAAGAGGUCCAGAAUAAAAUAUAUUUUGAUAUUA